AUGGAAUUAUUCAGGGAAGUUUUUCAAGAAGGGAAUCUUUAUGACUUAGGGUGGCAGGGUGACAAGUAUACAUGGGGCAAUUUGGAUGGAGAUGAAACUUUCACCAAGGAAAGAUUAGACAGGGCUGUUUCCAAUCCUGUUUGGAUAGAAGUUUACAAGGAAGUAUGGGUGGAAAUGAUGGUGGCCAGUACCUCUGAUCAUAAGCCUUUGCUAGUCCAUUUAAAAGAGUACAAGGUGUUGGAAGGGGGCAUUAGAAAAGCUUUUAAAUAUGAAGCCAACUGGGCUUUGGACGAGGAGUUUGAACUGAUCUUAAAGAAGGCAUGGAAGCAUGAAGUGUUUGAAAGGCAUCGGUCUAGCAAAAUGGUGGAGUUACUAAACAGAAGCAAAGAAGUUCUACAGAAGUGGAGUAAGCAGCUUAGGAAGGGACGAAAAAAUGAGAUAGAAGAGAGAACAAAUCUUUUGCAAAGAUUGCAAGCUGUAGAAGAUAGAUACAAUGUUAUUGAGAUCAAGAGAGUAAAAGAAGAGGUGAGUUUGAUGCUGGAAAAAGAUGACCUGAGAUGGAGACAGAGAGCUAAAACUAAUUGGUAUAAGCUUGGAGAUAGAAAUACAAAGUAUUUCCAUGCUUGUACUAAUCAAAGGAAAAAAAGGAAUCAAAUCAUAGAAGUGGAGAAUGAGAGUAAUAUAAGGGUCAGGGGGUUCAAAGAAAUUGAGGAUACAUUCAGAGGAUACUUUGUGAAGCUGUUUCAGACAACAAAUCCAACUAGAGUAUCUCAAGGAAUUUUACUAGAUUGGAGGUGGAAGAGGCUGUGA